AUGGGGGGGAUAACACCACACUACACUGGGGGAGUUGGGAACCCAACUUUCCCACCUGAUCCCACUUCCCAGUGCUGUCCCUGGUGCAUCUCCGUGCUGGAGCUGGGAGAAGCCAGGCAGCAGUUGCCGUACCCUCGAGCGCCUGACCCGGCUGCCGACUGCCCCCGGCACCGCGCGGCAUCCCCUGGUCACGAGGCCCCGGCGCUGCUGCCAGCACCUUUCCGGAUCACGGAGCUUUGUGCUGCAUCAGGGGGUUGGGAUGCGGGGCCGGGCCUGCAUGGGGCAGCCUGGGGUGGGAGGGUGCUGGGUAGCAUCAGGGUGCACAGACAGGAGGUACCCCAAGGCCUUGUGCUCUCUGCAGCGGGGGUAGCACCGGCGUGGGGACAGCAGGAGCCUGACCCCAGCUACGGAUGUGCCCGCGGGAGCUGCUACCCGGCCACCGGGAACCUGCUGGUGGGAAGAGCCCCUCUCCUGAGCGCCACCUCCACGUGUGGGAUGCAGGGCCCGCAGGAGUACUGCAUCGUCAGCCACCUCCAGGACUCGGAGAAGUGCUUCACCUGCGACUCGCGGGACCCAUCCCUGCCCCAGAGCCACCGCAUCGAGAACGUCAUCUUCCUGAGCGGCCCCAGCGCCGGGCGCACGUGGUGGCAGUCCGAGAACGGCGUGGAGCACGUCAGCAUCCAGCUGGACCUGGAGGCUGAGUUCCACUUCACACACCUCAUCAUGAAGUUUAAGACGUUCCGGCCCGCGGCCAUGCUGGUGGAGCGCUCGGCCGACUUCGGGCGCAGCUGGAAGGUCUAUCGAUACUUUGCCUACAACUGCUCCAAGCUCUUCCCCGGCAUUCCUGAUCAGCCCUCGGGGCUGGUGGAUGAGGUGCUGUGUGACCAGCGCUACUCCGAGAUUGAGCCCUCCAGCCAUGGGGAGGUCAUCUUCAAGGUGCUGGACCCCUCCAUCCCAGUGGCGGAUCCCUACAGCCCGGACAUCCAGGACCUGCUGCGCGUCACCAACCUGCGCAUGAACCUCACCAAGCUGCACACGCUGGGGGACAACCUGCUGGACACGCGGCGCGAGGUGCUGCACAAGUACUACUAUGCUGUGGACGAGCUGGUGCUGCGCGGGAGCUGCUUCUGCCAUGGGCACGCUGCCCAAUGCGCGCCGGCACCCGGUGCCCCAGCGGCUACAGCACCCGGCAUGGUCCAUGGGCGCUGCGUCUGCGAGCACCACACACAAGGACUGAACUGUGAGCGCUGUGAGGACUUCUACCAUGACCUGCCCUGGCGCCCGGCCGAGGGCUCCAGCACCAACGCCUGCCGCAGAUGUGACUGCAACGAGCACUCGCGGCGCUGCCACUUUGACAUGGCCGUCUUCCUGGCCACCGGCAACACCAGCGGGGCCGUGUGUGACGGCUGCCAGCACAACACCAUGGGCCGCCGCUGCCACCUCUGCAAGCCCUUCUACUACCGGCACCCGCGCUCCGACAUCCGCGCCCCCACUGCCUGUGCCCCCUGUGACUGUGACCCGGCGGGCUCGCUGGAUGGAGGGGCCUGUGACGGGCACACAGACGUGGCGCUGGGCAUGAUCGCGGGGCAGUGCCGCUGCAAGGAGAACGUGGCCGGUCCCCGCUGCGACCGCUGCCGGCACGGCGCCUAUGGGCUCAGCCAUGGAGACCCCCAGGGAUGCCAGCCGUGCAGGUGUGACCCACGGGGCACGGUGGCCGGCAGCUCCCCCUGCGACCCCAUCAGUGGGGACUGCUACUGCAAACGCUUCGUGGCUGGGCGCUCCUGCAGCCAGUGUGUGCCUGAGUUCUGGGGCCUGAGCUAUGACGUGGGGGGCUGCCGGCCCUGCGACUGUGACUUCGGGGGAGCCUACAGCAACCGGUGCUCCAUGGAGGACGGGGCCUGUCCCUGCCGUCCCCACCUUAUGGGGCGUCAGUGCGACCAGGUACAGCCCGGCUUCUUCUGCGCCCCCCUUGACUACUACACCUAUGAGGCCGAGCAGGCCGUUGGGCACAGCCAUGGCCAUGGCCAGCUCCCGGGGGCCAUCCGUGCGGAGGCGCCCCAGGACUGCCUGGAGUACGACCCUGGGGAGCCAGGGGCACGGAGGGGCCACCCCCGGCACCAACGCAGCCCCCGCCGUGCCCCCCAUCCCCGCAGCGCCCCACGCCGCAGCCGGCAGCAGCCCCCCAGGCCGGAGGUGGAGGAGGUGGUGCGGGACGGCACCGCGCACAUGGUGACCUGGACGGGCUCCGGGUUCGCCCGGGUGCGGGAUGGAGCUGGGCUGACGUUCCACGUGGACAACGUGCCCUACCCCAUGGACUACGAGCUGCUGGUGCGCUACGAGCCAGAGUCAGCUGAGGACUGGGAGGCCGUGGUCAGUGUCAGCUCCCAAGUGCUGCCCACCAGCCCUCGCUGCGGGAACCUGCUGCCCUCCGAGCAGAUGUACCGCGAGAGCCUGCCCCACAGCCAGAGGUACGUGCUGUUGUCCCGACCCUUCUGUUUCGAGCCCAGCACCCCCUAUGAGGUGACCAUGAGGCUUCAACGGGCCGGCGUCACCCAGCGCCACCCCAGUGCCUUCAUCCUCAUUGACUCGCUCGUGCUGCUGCCGCGGGUGUCGGAGCUGCCGGGGCUGCACGGGGCCGAGGCGGCGCCGCGGCUGGAGGAGCUGGAGCGGUACCGGUGCCUGGAGGCGUCCCGCAUGGCCCCGCCGCCCGCCCUGGCGCAGGCCUGCGCCCGCCUGCUCUGCAGCGUCUCUGCCCUGAUGCACGGCGGGGCCCUGCCCUGCCAGUGCGACCCGCAGGGCUCCCGCAGCAGCGAGUGCCAGCCCCAGGGCGGGCAGUGCCAGUGCAAGCCCCACGUCCUCGGCCGGCGCUGCGACCGCUGCGCCCCUGGCAGCUACGGCUUCGGGCCGCUGGGCUGCAGCCCCUGUGCCUGCUCUGCAGAGGGCUCGGUGUCCCAGCUGUGUGAUGCAGUGAGCGGGCAGUGCCGGUGCCAGCCCGGUGCCGUGGGCCGGCGCUGUGACCAGUGCCAGCCCGGCCACUGGGGCUUCCCGUCCUGCCGGCCCUGCCAGUGCAAUGGGCACGCCGAGGAGUGCAACCCGCGCACGGGCAGCUGCCUGCGCUGCCGCGACCACACCGCCGGCCGGCACUGCGAGAGGUGCCAGGAUGGUUACUACGGGGACCCGGUGCUGGGCUCAGGGCAGCAGUGCCGGCCCUGCCCCUGCCCUGGCUACCCCGGUACACGGCACUACCAUGGGAGUGCCUGCCACGCUGACCAGGAGACCCACCACAUCAUCUGCCUCUGUGCACCUGGAUACGCGGGGCCCCGCUGCGACCGCUGCUCCCCAGGAUACUUCGGAGCACCGGAGUCGGAGGGAGGAGAGUGCCGGCCCUGCCAGUGCAACAACAACAUCGACACCAGCGACCCUGGCGCCUGUGACCCCCACACCGGGCACUGCCUGCGCUGCCUGUACCACACCGCCGGGCCCCACUGCACCCUCUGCCAGCCCGGAUACUAUGGCAAUGCCCUGCAGCGUAGCUGCCGACGCUGCAGCUGUGACCCAAAGGGAACCCUGGCCUCCCACUGCACCACGGGCUCCUGCACCUGCGACCGCAGCACCGGCGCCUGUGCCUGCCGCCCCAAUGUGGUGGGCAAGAGCUGUGACCGCUGCGCACCCCACUUCUGGAGCCUGGGGGGGCCAGGGGGAUGCGAGCCCUGCGGAUGCCACCCCACGCACUCCCUGCACCCUGCCUGCAAUGCGGUGACGGGGCAGUGCCAGUGCCAGCCCGGCUUCGGGGGCCGCGUCUGCUCCCAGUGCCAGGAGCAUCACUGGGGAGACCCCGAGCAGGAGUGCCGAGCCUGUGACUGCGAGCCGGUGGGUGCCGAGAGCCCGCAGUGCGAGCAGGCCAGCGGGCAGUGCCGGUGCCGGCCGGGUUUCACCGGGCAGCGCUGCGACCGCUGCCAGCGCGGCUUCCAGGAGGCGUUCCCACACUGCUCGCCCUGCCACCCCUGCUUCGGGCACUGGGACCCGGCCCUGGGCCUCCUGCGGGACAGGCUCCAGCGCCUCGGGGAGCAGGCGCAGGCGCUGCGGGAUGGGGGGGCCCUGUCCCCGCUCAGCCCCCGCCGCCUGCGGGCGCUGCAGGAGGCACUGGGGAGCGUGGAGCAGCUGCUGGGUGAGGGGGGCAGCGCUGGGGGACCCCUCCUUGACUCACUGCCGGGGCGGCUGGAUGGCACCAGGCAAGUGUGUGCAAUAGGCGAUGGUAAAGGGACCCCCAUGUGGUCACUCAAAAGGCGUAACCUCUCUCUGCCCCUUCAAAGGACGGAGCUGGAUGACUUCUGGAAGCAGCUCCAAGAGCUGGAGCAACAUCUGGAUCAGCUGGCUCAGGCAGAUGUGCAGCACCACGACCGGAUAGCUGUGCUGAGCCGCGAGCUGGGGGGUCUCAACCGAACCGCUUCCCACCUCCAAACCCUCCUCAGCACCGUGUCGGUGGCCGGAUUCAGUGAGUCCUACCGCAGCAUCCUGGCGUCGGCGGAGGGCUCGCGGCUGGCGGAGGCGGUGGCCAAUGGCACCGCUGGUGAGGUGGCCGGGGCGCAGGCCACGCGGCGGGCGGCAGAGCGGGCGCUGCGGCAGAGGGGAGACGCGUUCCGUCGGGGCACCGCCGCUGCGCGCAAAUCCCUGCGAGAGGCACAGAAACGGGUGAUGGGGCUCAGCACUGCCGGGGUCAAUGAGAAGAUCUGUGGGGCACCUGGGGACCGGAGCUGCGAGGAAGCGCCUUGUGGAGGAGCCUUGUGCCGGGAUGAUGCGGGGAUGCGGCACUGCGGUGGCACAGCGUGCGUGGGGGCACUGCCUGUCUCGGCUCGAGCCCUGAGCGGUGCCCGCAAUGCAUCGCAGCAGCUGGAGGCGGCGCUGGGGCAGCUGGGUGCUGUGGCACAGAAGAUGCAGGAGGUGCAGGAGCUGGCGCGGGGUGCACGGAGCCGGGCAGAGGAGGCCCUGGGGCGCUCCCAGGCCGCCCGCAGCCAGGCAGAGAAGGCGACAGCCCAGCUGAGGGACUUCAUCCGCCGGAUCAAGGCCUUCCUGGCAGAGGAGGGGGCCGACCCGGGCAGCAUCGAGCUGGUGGCCCAGCAAGUGUUGAACAUCUCCCUGCCCAGCAGCCCCAAGCGGAUCCAGGAGCUGCUCCAAGAGAUGCGGGAGAGCAUCAGGCAGCUGGAAGGGGUGGACGCGGUGCUCAACAGCACGGCAGAGGGGCUGGCUGUGGCACAGAGGCUGCUGGAACAAGGACGGGGUGCCAGGCAACGAGCGGAGGGUGUCAGGGAUGAGCUGGUGGGGACACAGCAGGCGCUGGAGGUGGCACGGGCACAGGCGACAGCAGCAGGGAGUGCCCUGCAGAGCGCCAGGGAUGCCAUCCGGGUGGCUGAGAGCAGAGCCAAGGAGGCGGAGCGCCGGCUGCAGGCACUGGAGGGGAAGGAGUCACGGGCGCAGAGGCGGCUGCAGGAGCUGGGGCAGAGCAUCCGCACGCUGCAGGAGCGGGACCAGGACACCCACCGCAUGGCGCAGCGAGCCAAGGAUGGGGCGCAGCGUGCCACUGCCACUGCCGGCAUGCUCAGCCAGGACCUGGCGCAGGUGACGCAGCGCUACCUGGUGCUGAAGACCCGGGUGAGCGCGCUGGAUGGGGUGUCUGGCGGCGCCUUGCAGCGUGUGACACGGCUGACAGCCGAGGCACAGGACCUCCUGGACAAGGCCAGCACCAGCAAGAGGAAGCUGGAAGAGCUGGAGCAGCACUUCGGGGCCAACGAGCGGGCAAUGGCAGCGAAGGCAACGCGACUGCAGGCUCUGGAGCAGCGGGUCUGGGGGCUGCUGGAGGAGAUCCGGGAGAGAGCCAACGCUUACGCCACCUGCUAGGGACCGGGGCUGCGGGCCGGGGCACGGCCGAGGCGCAUCCGCCCCGGUUCCCGCAGCCCCGCGGUCCCGUCCCCUCCGCCGGUGCCUGCAGCGCGGCCGCGCCUGCGAAUAAAGCCGUGAGCAGUG